UUUUACUUAAUUCUGUAUUAAAUUUAAUACUUCCCUAUCGGUCUUUGAUAAUAUAUGAAGGAAGACGAUUUAGAGGAGGCAAUGGCGGGAAAUGUGAGAUCUGAAUAAAUAAAUAAUAUGAAAGGAAAUCCAAAGCUUGAGUUUAGGACUACAUAUACUAUUCAUAAAACCGCAGGUUAGCCCUAUUUGUUAGGGUAAUGCUUGCAGGACCGAAGAAGAUGUUAGAAGGCUUCUACAUCUUGCAAAGCUUGAUGAAGAAGACUUAAAGCCAGUUGUCCAGUCCUUUUACUUAGCUCAAGAUUUCACAAGAGAAGACCUUAAGCUAAUGGAAGUAACUCCUGACAUAUUAAAUCAAAUACUCGAAGGUGAAAGAGUUAUAAUCAGAGGAGAUAAAUCAGAUCCUGCAGUUUUAUGUACAGACACUCAGACCUAUGAUAUUAAAGAAGCAGGCACAUCAAAUUCUCUCCUGUUGCUUCCGUCAGUUGUCUGGCCCGAUGAAGCGGAGACAAACGAUAAGGAUGACGGGAUAACGAUUGCUUCACAAGAGGUGGCAGGAAUCUUCCACAACUAUCUUGAGCUUCAUCUCUGUAGACCAAGAGUUCAGAAACUGAGAUAUCUGAUGGAAGAAAAUCUCUACACCGGGAAGGAGUACGAAGCAGACAAUGUUGAUGUAAAGUACACAUUUGAAGAUUUAUUGAACGUGAUCCAAGCUAGUCCGAAAGAACUUCAAACAGCUCUACGAGAAUUGCAGGCAUGUUGUAUUGAUGGGUUUUGGAGGAUGCUAGAUUUUGAUUACCAGUUCUCGGUGUUCAAUCACAUAGUAAACUUAGUUGAUUCGAACUCGUGGCCCUCGGAUGGUAUUCCUUUACAAGCUGUGCUUGACACUCUGGAAGAUCUUAUACCAAGGAAGAUUUUAGAAGAGUGUUUUCACUGGUAUACCGAACCCGUCGGACGGACGACUCCUGAAGGAUAUGAUCUAUAUCGUUGGAAUGAAGACAAAAUUUGUGCAUUUCUCGGUGAAGUUAUUUUAAGGCCUACGGGAAAAUUUAACUUGGAAGAAUUCCUUUAUACCUGGCAAAGUACAGUUCCAGAAGGAAUAACAACUAAUUUGAAUCAGUUAAAGGUAGGUAAUCUAGCACUAAGUAGUACAGACUAGUGGGAAACAUUAUUU